AUGAAAAUAAAAACCCACGUAAAAACGUUUAAUCAUAUAAAAUUAUUAUUAAAAAAAUCAAAAGAAUUUAAUAAUAAUUCAUUUAAAUUAAUUGAUUAUGUUAAAGAAAUUAAUGGUGAAACAUUUUUUGAUGAUAAUAAAUUAAUUAAAGAUGAUGAUGAUAAUUUUAAAUCAUCAUAUAAUUAUACAAGUGUUAAAUUAAAUGAUUAUGAUGAUUUAAGAGAAACAAGUUUUUUAAAUUCAUUUCAACAAGAAGUAUUUUAUAAUUUCAUUUUUUAUCCAGCAUUAUUUCAAAUUUAUUCAAGUACAAAUGAUUUUAAUAGACUAUCUUCAUUACCAAAAGAAUUUGGUUACUUUAAAGAUUGUAGAAAAUCGAUUUAUAAUAAUCAAUUAAUUAUGUCAUCAGUAUCAUUAUCAAAUAAUCAAUUAUUAAAUUUAUCAAAUUUAAUAAAAUUAAAUAUUUAUAAAUAUAAAAAUUUUGUAUUUUCAAAUAAGAAUCAUACAAAACUAAAUGAUGAAAUAACAUUAUCUGGUCAAUCAUUUUUAAAUAUUAAAUUUUUAAUUAAUGGAUUUGGUGAUAAAUUAAAUAUAACAAAUAAAAAUCCAAUUGAAAGUUAUUCAGUAUUCUUUGAAAGGGAUUCAUUAUGUCAAUUAUUUAAAUUAUUAUUUAAAAAAUUAAAUGUUAAAGAAGAUUGUCAAUCUGAAGGUAAUAUUUAUCAAACAAUUGGUAUUAGAUCAGAAGUUAAAAAUUAUAAUUUAGAUAUAAUGAAAGCUCAAGCAUAUUCAACAAAGAAAGGUCCAUUAAAAUUAAAUAGUUCAGGUGGUGGUUCUGAUAAAUCAUUUAAAGGUUCAACUGGUUCUGAUCAAUGUGGUCCAUCAAAAAGAUUUUCAUGUCAAUCAAUUGAAAAAGCUGCAUUAGAAUUUGGUUUCUCUGAAAGUUUUAUUGAUGCUAAUAUUAAAAGAAGUGGUGGUUCAAUAUCACUUGGUCAAUCAAUUGUAAAAAUUCCAAAAGGAUUUUUAAAGAGUUAUUUAAUUUUAAUUCAAUACUUUGAAACAUCAUAUAAUCAAAGAACAAGUUCAAGAAUUGAAUUUCGUUGUGGUCAUGAUUUUUUUAAUCAAUUUUUAAAUCAAGAAAAUUACUUUUUAUUACUUUUAUUAUCAAGAAUUAAUUUUAUACAAUUUAAAAGUGAAUCAUUCUUUAAAAUUCAAUCAAUGAUGUUAAAAUCUUAUAGAUUUAUUUUAAUUGAAUUAUCAAAAACUUUAAAUUUUAUUGGUUUUAAAUCAAAUGAAGAGUUUAUAAAAUUAAAAAGAAAAUUAUCAAUUGAUAAAUCAACAAUUAAAAUUAAUCAAUUAGAAAGAAAUAAAGUACUUAAUUUUCAUCCAUUAUUAUUACCAAUAAGAUUAUCAAUUCAAUUUAUUGUUCAAUUAUUUCAAGGUUUAAUAAGUUCAAUAUUUUUUAACAAAGAAAUUGUUAAUCGUGAUAUUUUUAAAUUUUUAAAUUUAGAUUUAAAUUCAAAAUUAAAUGGAUUUUUUAGUAUUUCAUUUGAAAAUUCAAUUAAAUUAUUUAAACCAAGUAAUAAUCAAUUUAUUUCAUUAAAUGAAGAAAAAAUAGGUGAUCUACCAAUUUUAUCAUCAAAUAAUAUUAAAGAAGAUUAUUUAUUUAAUGAUAAUUCAAUUAAUUUUAAUAUUUUAAAUGGUAGAAGUAAUCAAAUUUACUUAAUUAUGUUUCCAUUUUUAAUUUUUGAAAAUAAUCAAGAGAUAAUUAAAUCAAUAACAACUUUAAAUUAUAAAAUUGAUACUAAUGAAAGAUUUAAUGAUAGAUUUAAUAAUUCAAAUUGUAAUUUAUUAAUAAGAAUUUUAAAUAACUUUAAUAUUAAUCAAAAUCAUUAUUUAAAAAGAAGAGAAGUAAAAUUAACAUACUCAAAUAUUGAAAGUGAAGAAUUUAAAUUAUAUUAUAAUAGUUAUGGUAGUUCAAAAGUUAAUCAAUUUAUUUUAACUGAUGAAAUUUCAGAAUGUACAAGUAAAAUUGAAUUAAUUAAUUAUUUAAAACCAUUUUAUCCAAUUGUAAUUUAUGAACCAAUUAAACUAUUAAAAUAUUCAUCAAAUAAUUCAAAAACAAUAACUAGCCGAAAUACAUCAUCAAUAUUUAAAUUAUUUCAUUUAGAUUUUAUAACAAUUAAUAAUGAUAUUUUUAAAUCAAUUAUUGAUUUUGAUUCAAUUUCAAUUAUUAAAAAACAUUUAGAAGAUAACUUUGAUAAUUUUUAUUCAAAUUUACUUUUAUUUAAAUCAAUUAAAUCUAGAAAUGAAAUUGAUAAAUAUAUGCUUCAAAUUUUAUAUUCAAUAUUUGAUUAUUUAAAAGAAAUUCAUCCAAUAUACUUUAUGGAAGAAGAUAGUGACAGUAGAAUUAAGAAAGUAUCAUUAGCUUUAAAAUUAUAUAAUCAUUUCUUGGUUACAUUAAUUAAAAUGAUUGAAGAAAGAUUCAAUGAAAAUAGUACAAUUAACAAUAAUCAAAAUACUAAAGAAAAUAUAAACUUAUUAAAAUAUGAAUUAUUAAUUUCAAUUUCAACAUUUUUAAUUAUAAUGGAUUAUGAUUAUAUUAUUAGAUAUCAAAUUAAAGAAUAUUUUAAAUUAAAAGAUGAUUUCGAUAAAGAAAAUUAUAAUUAUCAUAGAAUUGAUGAAAGAUUCUUUAAUUAUAAUCUUGGUUUUUCAAUGGUUUCAAUUAAAAAUUCAAAAGAAAAAAACUUUAUUAAUUCAUUUAAUCAUUUUAUAUUUUCAAAGCAACCUUUCUUUUUAAAAGGUUACUCAAAUAUAUUUAUAUUUUCAAAUGAAAUUAUUAAUAGAAGUAAUGAUAAUAAAUUAGAUUUAGAGAGAUUUUAUUCAAUUUGUUUUAAAAAAUUAAAAAUUAAUUGUGAUAUAAUGUUUAUUUCUUCAAGUUCAAAUAGUUUAGUAUAUUAUAGAAAAGAUAAUAAUUUAAAUCCAGUUAUUGUUGGUAAAUUAACAACAAAUUUUAAAUAA